AUGGGUCAACGUUUGUCAAGUGUGGAUACGCAAAUUUUUGAUUUUACGAAUCCUAAUCGUUCUACUCACAGUUCACUCACGAAUAUAUCUGUUAGCGAUCCGGAUGAUGUCAGUUUAUUGUUAUCGAAAACAUUUGCUCUUGAUGCGAUUAACGAUGAUCAUCAAAUAUCCGAUUUGGAGCAACAAUGGAUGAAACAAAUUCAAAAUAACUUAUCUCUAUUAACGAACAUAUCCGAAUUAGAAAAAAUCAAUAAACUAUUUAGUACAAGUAUCAUGAUGACAAUUGCCACUGACUACAGACAAAUAAUACAAGAAAUAAAGGAACUUCUCGAACAGGAGAAUCGAUUAAAGGUAUCUUUGACCACAAAUAUGGAAAGACACACAAAAGGAAUGGGCAUUCAUGAUGACAGUAGACAACAGCAGCAGCAAACUACAGAAUCGGAUAAUCAACAUUCAUCAUUUACAUUCAAAAUCUCCUCCCUAUUGAAAUCCGCAGAAAGAAACGUUUCAACAGCAAUUCAUCAUGCAUACGAAAAACUCCCAAUUAGACCGUCAUCAUGGUCGGAUAAUGAUCAUUUUGUAUUCGAACCAAACAAAUAUCAGAUCCAUGAGUCGAGCCAGGCAAAUUAUCUAAUUAAUAAACGACAAAUUGAGAAAAUUCUAUUGAACUUUUCAAAGGCCACUACAUCAUUUAGCGACAUUUUAUUUGCUCUAAAUCAAUUGAUAUUCGAUACAAACAAUGUUUAUGACGUACGAGAUGUAUUUAUACGAUUGAAUAACAAUUUCACGACAGUUCGUGAUGAAUGGGAAUUUAAUGCGAAUUCAACAACUGAUGAAUUCAACCAAACAACAGGUAACUAUCUUGCACAUAGAUUUCUAAUAAUCUUGACUGAAACUAUUUCACUUGGCUGA